UUCUCAAGGUUGACAGAGAGGUUUGUGAAUGGGGUGGAUAUAUUAAUGGACACAUUCUGGAGAAUAUGGACUGAUUUGUUAGAUGUUCUUGGAAUUGAUGCCUCCAACUUGACUCAUUAUUUCAGCCCAGCGGCAAUUGCCAACAACCCAACCCGUGCUCUUCUGCUGAUUGGUGCCAUUUUACUUGCCUAUUGGUUUUUAUCUCUCUUCCUUGGAUUCUUCUUCUAUCUCCUGCACAUGCUGUUCGGUCGCUUUUUCUGGAUUGCGAGGGUUGCCCUUUUCACUCUCUCGUGCGUCUACAUCCUCCAGAAGUAUGAAGGUGACCCGGAGCACGCAGUCCUGCCUCUCUGCUUUGUUGUAGCAGUCUACUUCAUGACAGGGCCGGUUGGAUUUUACUGGAGAAGAAACAGCAACAGCAGCCUCGAGGAGAAGAUGGACCACCUGGAUAGUCAGAUCAGACUCCUGAACAUACGUCUUUCGAGGGUGAUUGAAAACCUGGACAGAGGCAGUGACCAAUGAACCAACCCCUAUAGACCACUGUACACCAGCUCUAGAAAAUUCCUAAGCACUGUCUCGUUCGAAGUUACAAAGCAACAAAACAUCACAUGGUAAAAAGUGUGCAAAGUUAUAACUUUUCAUCAUGUGUAAGACUAAUUUGUCUAGAUUAUACACUCAGCCAUUAUACUUGUAGGGGGAAAAAAAAAACAUUUAAAAAAUUCAGCUGUAUAUUCAGAGUUUUAUCCAGUACUAGAAUUUUCUCAGUAGACAAACGCUUACUUUUACAAGCAUUUAAAAACAUCUUUUGUAAAGUUUUUAUAAAAGCAAAUUGAGUAGUCUUUCAAAUAUUGAAAUUGAGCUAAACAUAUGCAAAUUUGACACU